AUGUUGUUCAACCUUGCGUUUUUUAUCAAUUUGUUACGGGUGAUAUUCAAUAAAACUCAAUCUCAGCCUAUGAGUGAAGCGAAACGUUUAAGAACACUACUGAAAUCCACUUCGGUUCUGGUACUUGUGUUUGGUUUAUACCAUCUAAUCCUAAUACCAUUAAAUCUGAUGCAAAUAACUUCACAGUCACAUGGACCUGGAUUACUUGAAAUUAUUAAACUUUAUUACGAACAAAUAAUGGAAGCUUUUCAAGGUUCAUUUGUUGCCAUCCUUCUCUGUUUUAUUAAUAAAGAGGUUAUCAGUGAAUUUAAACGUCUCUAUCGGCGGAAACAGUACUUACACAGUAAUACAGACAAUCGACGUCAAAGUGCUUGGUUCAAUAAUCAAGAAACACCAAAUGAACCUGGUGAAGAACAAAUGGAAUAUAAACCGGCAAUAAGAAUAUCUAGAGAGUCAUCAAUAAUUCCAAAAAGGAAACAGCACCCAUUAACUAUUCGAUUUGCUAGAUUAGUAGGAUGUCAGUCAAAAGAUAAAUUCCAAAGACCAACUGGUCCAAGACGACCAUCACCACUUUGCCGAAAUGAUAUCAUAAUGUGUGAAUAAUCUUACAUCAGAUUAUCGUAUCUAUGUAAUUUCAAACCAAUGUCCUGCGUCAGUUGCUUUAUUUUGGAUAUAUAUUCCAGGCUAGUAUCAGUAUAGUAUGUUUUUUCCCCAGUUUAGUUCGACCGGGCAUAUAUCAUUUACCAUGUGACUUCUGAUUAGAAGAUGCAAAGAAUACUUCAAGUGACAUGGAAGAAUAUAGGUUUGAUGUAUCAAAUCACAUACCGCUCUCAUAUUGAACAUCGAUUCUGAUAAAUAAUAAAAAUGCAGUUGAUGGGAAGUAGAGGCAAAUCAUUGCAGUGACAUUUUAUAGCAUUUCUCAAUGAAUACAGGCUUAUUAAUGAGUGAAUUCAUUUCUUUUCAUUCUACUGCUUUGUUUAUUAUGAAAACUUAAUUCUUCCAGUAACUUUGACCUGUAAUAUUCUGAGUUAAUCAGAUACUGAAAGUGAGAUUAUACUUAUUUUUGACUGAAUAAAAUAAUUCAACAAUAA